AUGUCUCGCGCCGCCGCGAGCGACGCCCCUCGCUGGACGCGCUCGAGACCGUGGACGCGCUCGAGACGCCCGCGCGCGCGCGCGUCGCCCGUCGCGCGCGCGGCGAGGGAAGGAGCGACGAUUUUUGGUUUCGGGAGCGCGGGCAUCGAUUACGUCGCCGAGCUCGACGGUGAGGGAUUCGUCGUCCCGGAUGGGAAACACCGCGCGUCGACGAUGACGGUGUGCGGGGGUGGGAACUGCGCGAACGCCCUCACGGCGGCGUCGCGAUUGGGGGCGAGGUGUUUCGUCGGGUCGGAGGUCGGAGACGACGCGCACGGAGAGACGAUCGCGAGAGAGUUGGAGGGAGACGGCGUCGAUUGUCGAUUCUUGACGACGCGGCCGGGGACGAGUGGAUUUACGUACGUUUUGGUGAGUCGAGGUGAAAACGGUGAUCGGAGACGGACGUGCGUGCACACGCCGGGGAGGUCGACGGAGGCGACGACUUUGGCGGCGGCGGCGAUGACUUCGGAGCGCGCGAAGGAGAUCAUGCGCGAAGUGGAUCCGGAUGUAGUGUACUUUGACGGUCGACUCACCGAGCGUGCGAUUGUUUUAGCGCGCGAGGCGAAGACACGAGGGGCGAGGACGCGCGUUUUGGUCGAGGCGGAGCGUCUGCGGGACGGUUUGGACGAAUUGGUCGGCUUGGCGGACGUCGUCGUGACGUCGAAGACGUACCCGAUGGAGCGGUUUCCAGAGUGCGCGUCCCUCGCGGAUGCGAUGAUGCGCGUGAUGACGGAGCUGUGCGACGACGAAACUCGGGUGAUAGUGACGACGCUUGGGGCGAGAGGAUCUGUGGCACUCGUUCGCGAGGACGUCGCAGGCGUCGAGGAUCGCGCCGCUACGGGCGCGCGUUUGGAAGACGUUUUCACGCGUCUGGAGACGCUUGCGUACGCUGGAAAGACAAACGAUGACGUUCCCGCGCCGAGCGCGUCGGCGAUCGCGUUCGUCGCGACGGAUUCGACCAGCGAGCGGCGAGCAGCGAUGCGAGUCAUCUUUGCCCCGGCGAUGACGCUGACGGACGAAGAGAUCGUGGAUACCACGGGCGCGGGAGACGCUUUCAUUGGCACGCUCGCGGUGGCCGCGGGGAUGGAAGGAUUCGUGGAGAAUCUCGGGGAGACUAUGCGACUGGGUUCGUAUGUCGCGGCACAAAAGUGUAGAGGCGUCGGUGCGCGAAGCGCAUUGCCUCGCGCCGAGGACAUCCCCUCCGAGCUCACCGAGAAGGCUGAGAUCGCGAUAGGACCCACAUCGGUGUCUUCGCGUCGCACCGCGCUCGCGUUUGUGAUUUUUGGCGGUUUCGCCACAAUGUUUGCAGACUACUCGAGUGAGGCGGCGACAAACACAGACGUCGCCAAGGAGUUGAACGAUCUCUUCAAUCGCGCGAUGCAAGCGCCGACGUACGAGGAGUCCGAAAAGGCAUGGACACGCGCGAUUGAAAUCGCCCCUCGAGGCUCUCCGGCGAGAAGCGCGGCGCUGAGUAAUCGAGGGACGCUUCGAUUACAAUAUUCUGAAUGGGAAGGCGCGGUUCAAGACUUGCAGGAAUCGGUGGACGACGACGGUGAUCGACCGGACGCCUUGGCGCUGAAUAAUCUCGGGAACGCGCUCGGUGCGCUUGGUCGAUGGGACGAAGCAAUGUCGGCGUACUUGGAGGCGAGCCGCAACGAGGACAUGCGCGAAAUUGCGUUGGCCAAUUACGCACUCGCGGCUUUCCAAAUCGAGCGCGCCGACUUGGCCAUGCGCACACUGCGAAAAGUCUUGCGCAGAGACCCGGAGUUUUUGGACGGACGCGCAGCGCUUUCUGCCUUUUUAUGGGCCGAAGGCGAUUUUGACGAGGCCGAGGCGCAGUGGACAUUUCUGUGCAAGAGCGGGAGAGGUUUCGGCGCGAAGCGAAGUGCCGAGGACGUUCGCGACGACGGCGCGAUCGCGUACGGUGUCGAGCUCUUCAAACAGUCCACGAAUCAAAUAGUCGCCGAAUUAGAUGGCGGUGUCAAGGACGCCGGUCUCGACACGCCGUGCAGACUCUACAAAUCCACCGACGUCGUCGCCAAUCGAUGGCCGCCGAGAGCGACCGCCGCUCUCGACGCCUUCCUCCGCGUGCGUCGGGACGGCCAGGCGUUAGACUAUGACGGGGCGGUCAAAACGUACGAUUUCAAUACGCGAUAG